AGGGUAAUAUGCUGUCCAGGCUCACGGCGGCUGGGGGCAGUUCCCCUGUUCUUCGAGGCCUUGGAGGGGAGUUGCAGCGAAGGACUGGAAUUGUCGAAGCAAUGGCAACCGAGGCAGCCAUCGACGCGGACCCAUCGAUCGAUUCCGGUUCCGACAGCGAGGAGCCUUACUUCGAUGCCUCCUUCUUUGUUGAUGAAACAUAUGUUGAAAAGGAAUUCGUUGUUGGGGCUCAUACGAUUAAGGUUCUGUGCCUUCAGUGCUCGUCAACUGAUUAUGAUCUCACAGGGCAGCUGGUGUGGCCAGGAGCUGGAAUUCUGAACGAUUACCUAGUCAGUCAUUCAAAUGUUCUUGACGGUGUCUCUGUGAUCGAACUAGGAUCAGGAGUUGGUGUUGGAAGACUACUUAUGACUGUACACGAGUGUGGUGAUCUUUUAGUGGAUGUUGGUGUUGAAGAUCACAGCGUCAAAGGUCUCAAUGGUUUGCUGUGUGCCCGGUACAGUCGUCAUGUAGUCAUGACUGAUCACAACACCACCGUAUUAAAGGUAAUGAAAAAGAAUGUGGAGUUGCAGGGUGAUACUUUGCAAUCAAAGGUGGAUUGUGAGGAGCUUGACUGGGGCAACGAAGUCCACGUAGGACACAUCAAGGAGACUUACCCUGAUGGUUUCGACCUCAUUUUGGGUGCAGACAUCUGCUAUCACCAAAGCGCUGUAAAACCUCUCUUUGCGACCGUGAAAGCCCUCAUGGAGCUUCGCCCUGUAGGGUCCUGCAAGUUUAUUCUGGGUUAUGUUUCCCGGUUCAAAAGUAACGAUAUAGCAGUUAAUGCGGAAGUUCAAAGAUUGAAGAUGGAUAUUUGCGAGGCUCCAGGAACCCGGAAAUCGCUGGCAGGGGGUGCACAUGAGGGUUGGGUGUAUGAAAUUUCCAUUAAGCCUGAUCAAUCGUAGUGUUUUGUCCUGAAACUUGGAGAGGUUAUCUUACAUGUCGAACCAUAUUCUUACGUCCAAGUAUGGGCAUGGACAACGGUAAUGAGGCCACAGAGUACAAAAGAUUCGAAUUUUUUUUCCGAUUGGAUCAGCUUGCUGAA